UAUUUCAAUAAACAAUAAACGAAGAAAAACAUCCGGUUAGCGGAGAAGAUAGCCGGGUCAUGUCUCGCAGUCCCAGUCCGCCAGCGGCGUCGCAUCGGUUGAAAUCUGUUGUCACUCGUAAAAAUGAUACAAUAGAAGAAGGUGAGCUUUCGUCUGAUCGAUCAUACCGCUCCAGAUCACCGUCUAGAAAAUAUGACGAUAGAGAGCAAAGGUAUAAUUCAGAAGGCACCAGUCAUGAUGAAAUGCAACACAACGAGGAAAGUUCACGAUAUAAUGCACCGUCUUCUCGUAGUCACCAUCAAGAAAGACACCGCAGUAGACGGCAAAAGUCACGGUCUCGUUCACGAUCCAAAUCCCGCUCAAGAUCCAGACAUCGCUUGCGAUCCAGAUCCACAUCUCGUUCUCGAACAAAUAGAAAAUCAUCCAGGAAGCAGGAAGCUUCUAACAAACAAAUCGAGCAAACUGAGCGCAAAGAGAAGCUUACCAUCCGCAAAACUGUUGAUCUGCUUACAUCUAAAACGGGAGGAGCAUACAUUCCGCCGGCCAAAUUGCGUAUGAUGCAGGCAGAAAUCACAGACAAAUCAUCGGCCGCUUACCAACGCAUAUCAUGGGAAGCGUUGAAGAAAUCCAUUCAUGGAUUCAUCAACAAAGUAAACGUAGACAAUAUUGGAGUGAUCACACGUGAGUUGCUGCGGGAAAACGUUAUACGCGGACGUGGUUUACUUUGUCGGUCAAUCAUCCAAGCUCAAGCUGCCUCUCCCACCUUUACGCAUGUUUAUGCCGCGCUUGUAGCUAUUAUUAACUCCAAGUUUCCUAACAUUGGCGAAUUGUUGCUUAACCGUUUGGUCAUUCAAUUCAAACGUGGAUUCCGUCGGAACGAUAAAUCCAUUUGUCUGUCAGCUUCGCGUUUUGUCGCUCAUUUGGUAAAUCAAAGAGUGGCUCACGAAAUUCUGGCACUUGAAAUAUUGACUUUGCUGGUAGAAAAUCCAACCGAUGAUUCGGUAGAGGUUGCAAUCGCGUUCCUCAAGGAGGUUGGUCUAAAACUGACGGAAGUAUCGGGUAAAGGUGUAAACGCGAUAUUUGAAAUGCUCAAAAACAUCUUGCACGAAGGUAAGCUGGAAAAACGUGUCCAGUACAUGAUCGAGGUGGUGUUCCAGAUACGGAAGGAUGGCUUUAAAGAUCAUGUGGCAGUGAUUGAUGCGCUUGAACUGGUGGAAGAGGAUGAUCAAUUCACGCACCUAAUAAUGCUUGAAGAAGCAACAGAUACGCACGAUAUUCUUAAUGUUUUCAAGGUGGAUCCAGAAUAUGAGGACAAUGAAGCAAAAUACAAAGAUAUAAGUCGUGAAAUUCUCGGUAGCGAUGCAGAAGACGACGAUACAGAGGCGGCUGUAGAGAACGCUAGUGGCGGCGGGUCAUCUAGCGAUGGAAAUACUACUGACCAAGGCGAAUCAGACAGUAGUGACUCUGAUGAUGAUGGUGACGGAGGAGUAAAUAAGGCAAUUAAGAAACAGAAUACCAUCAUUGAUAAUACGGAAACGAAUUUAAUUGCUUUGCGGCGAACUAUAUAUCUUACGAUACACUCUAGUCUCGACUACGAGGAGUGCGCUCAUAAGCUAAUGAAGAUGGAGCUGAAACCUGGCCAGGAGCAAGAGCUUUGUCAUAUGUUUCUAGAUUGUUGCGCCGAGCAAAGGACAUACGAAAAAUUUUACGGUCUGUUGGCGCAACGAUUUUGUAUGAUUAAUAGGAUCUACAUUGCACCGUUUGAACAGAUUUUCCAAGAUACAUACAAGACAACACACCGGUUAGACACGAACCGAUUGCGAAACGUAAGCAAAUUUUUCGCCCAUUUGCUGUUUACCGAUUCCAUUGGUUGGGACGUGUUACAGUGCAUUCGAUUAAAUGAGGAAGAUACGACCAGCUCGAGCCGUAUAUUCAUCAAAAUACUUUUUCAAGAGCUUGCUGAGUAUAUGGGAUUGUACAAAUUGAAUGUACGGUUUAAAGAUGUGACACUGCAAGAACCUUUCUCGGGGUUAUUUCCCAGAGAUAACCCCAAAAACACUCGUUUCGCCAUCAAUUAUUUUACAUCCAUCGGGCUGGGUGGAUUGACAGAUGAAUUGCGUGAGUUUUUGAAACAUGCUCCAAAACCGUUUAUGCAGCCUCUGCCUGCCGUACCAAAAGUGUCAAGUGGCUCUAGCUCUUCUAGUUCUUCGUCUAGCAGCUCGGACUCAUCCGACACCUCGUCGUCGUCUACAAGUAGUGACGAUACACAAAGCAGUAGUAGCAGCUUAAAGUCACAAAGGGCAAGAAGGCGAAGGAAAAGUAAAAAAUGUAUCGAACAAAAGGAAACGUUCAAAUCUGGAAAAAAAUAUGAAAAACCAAAACAUAAAAAAGAGAAACGUAACGAAAAAUUGCGAGCAAAUGUACAUCACCAGCAUGAUAAACAAUCGAUGGAUAAAGAUUACCGUGAUAAAUCAGGGCGACUAACGAACCCGCGAGAUGUCCUUGAAGGACGGCAGCUCCGCGAGGAUCAGUACCAUCGAAGUCAUCUGGAUUAUAAAGGUCAAACGAAUCAAGAGGGACGUGCGCGUCAUCAAUAUCGUGAGCGCCGUUAACUUAUAGUAUAUUUGUUAUGUAAAACCCAUAACAUCAAUCUUCAACUUGGAAAUUUAUACAUUUAGUAAUUUCUAUUGCAUCAACGUAAAACAAUAACACUAAAACAACUUCUCU